AUGAGUUAGGAAUAAUGCAGUCACUUUCCAGUUACAUUAUAUAUUGACGGGAAAUGUUAUUUAUGCACAAAAGAAAUGAACUGGCUUAAAAGUAUGGAUAAAAAAAAUAAUUUAAACUUAGUAGAUAUACAUCAUCCCGAAUUUAAACCACCAAGAGAAGAUUUAACUUAAUAGUAGCUUGAUUUAAUCCUGCACGCUAAAUUAAAUAAUGGGGAAAUAGUUAAAGGAAUAGAUGCUUACUAUUACUCUUGGGCAGCUGUAGGAUUAGGUUGGUUAGCAGCUCCUAUGCGCUGGAGAGGAGUUAGAUUUUUAUCAGAUAGAGCUUAUUUAUUAUUUGCUAAAAAUAGACAUCCUCUAAGCAGUAAAUUCGCUAGGUUAGCAGGCAAUAAGCCAUGUGAAAAUGGUUAAUGUUAAAUUCCUAAAAAAAAAUGA